UAACGCGCCGGGCGAGGGGCUGAGCCACGGCGGCCUGCGGCCCAACGGGCAGACGAAGCCGAUGCCGGCACUGAAGCUGGCGCUGGAGUGCAUCGUGCCCUGCAUGAACAAGCACGGCAUCUGCGUGGUGGACGACUUCCUGGGCAAGGAGACCGGCCAGCAGAUAGGCGACGAGGUGCGCGCCCUGCACGACACGGGCAAGUUCACGGACGGGCAGCUGGUCAGCCAGAAGAGCGACUCGUCCAAGGACAUCCGAGGCGAUAAGAUCACCUGGAUCGAGGGCGAGGAGCCUUGCUGUGAAACCAUCGGGCUGCUCAUGAACAACAUGGACGACCUGAUCCGCCACUGUAACGGGAAGCUGGGCAACUACAAAAUCAAUGGCCGGACGAAAGCCAUG